UUAAAUAAUUUUGGCAACGUGUGCGAGCAGCUGGUCUCGGCCAACGCAAUGGAUUCUGAGAAUUCUGGGGGCGUAGCGCAGGCAGAUGACUCUGGCCUUUUCAGCUGCAGUAGUGAUGCAGAUGAUACAGCAAAUCAUUCCAGAAAUUGGCAACUGCCUCAGGAACAUGUAAAAGAGGAAGAGCCACCUCAUGAAUCAGGGGACUCACUUUUUAUGGUGUCACAAGAGCUGCGCAAGUCGCGCAGUGAAGUGGAACGUCUCAGCAAGUCAGAACGGUGGUACAAGCAGGAAUUACAGUCACAAAAGCAUAGCCGUCUCGAAACGUUAGAGCGUCUCUAUGUACAGGAGCGAAAGUAUAUGCUAGAGAAUCAGAGACUACAACAGGAAUCCCAGCGCCUCCAAGCGAAAUGCGCCGCGCUGGAAAAAUGUGGAAUGGCUGCAGCUGCUACAACAGUGCCCGUGUCAUCAGGUACAGCACUGCAAGCCACAAGCGAAAGUUUAUUCGAAUCCUUUGAGGCACAGCAGCAGCAGGCAAAGCUAAUGGACCAGCGACAGCUCACGGAAGUGCUGCGUAAGCAGAAGAAACAACUGCUCGCCGAUAUGGAGCGUCUGAGUCUCGAGCACGAUAGCAAGCAACUAGAACUACAGCGCCAGCUUGCAGGUGUCGAAUUGGAAAACAAACACAUGACGCGUCAAUGCAAGCAGCUGAUUGACGAGCACCGCGAACUGGCUCAUAAGCUGGAGCUGAAGUCGACUACGCUUCGGCAUGUGACAGAAGAGCGAGAACAGCUGCGACAGGUGAUCGCGGAGCUCAAUGAAACGCUGCAAACGCAGGAAAAGCUGCUUGCGCUGAAAGAGCGGGAGUUCUUGGACAUGAAACAGCACUACGAGCAAAAACUAAGCAGCGAGUGCACCAUUGACGCCAUGCACAACUAUAGCAUGGCAUUCCAUGGCGCGAUCAUUGCCAAGACGAGUGAAAUAGCGACCCUAAAGCACGCGCUACUUGAGCUGCAGUCGGAGUUGCUGCUCAUGUCGAAACUAGAGGCUCAGAAUGAGGAGCAGCAGCGGCAGCUGGAGCAGUUGAAUUUUCAGCUUGAGGCACAGCAACUCGAGCAGUCACUUAAAGAUGCUCAACUGAAGGAUUUAAAAACGGAGAAGGCAGUUAUCGCUAGGCAGCUGAAAGAGUCACAGCAAGCCCUGCAAAUAGUGGAGCAGCAGCUUGCGGAACUUCACAAACAAUACGCCGAGACGACAGCCAAAUGUGAGCAAACAAAAUGCCAACUCGUAGAGCAGCAGUCACAAAAUAAUGAGAAGCAAGAGAAACUUAAUGAGCUUCUGGAACAGCUUCAACUCAAUGUGGAGCAAUGCAACCAGUUAAAUGAGGCGAAGGCCCGAAUGGAAGAGAAGCUGAAUCAGACGCAGACCAAGCAGCUCACAAGUGCUGGCACCCAAACGGUGCCCGUUGAGCCUGUGCUGGAGCAGCGCAUUGAGUCUCUGGAGCAGCAGCUGAUAAGCGUCAGCAAGCAGAAGCAACAAACAGUUGCGCUGCUGCAGCAACUGCUGCAACAACAGAAUGAUAAGAUAAGGCAUACCAAUGAAAUGGAGGCCGAUUGGAUGCAGCUGCUAGAAGCACUGCAAGCCACGCAGCAAAUGGAGCAGCAAAUGGAACUGCAGCUGCAGCAGAAAUCCGACGAGUUGCAGCAGCUCAACGAGCUAUUCUCUCAACAAAACGAACAGCUGCAGCAAUUGCAGCUGUUGAGUAGAGCCCAUGAGAGCCAAAACAGCAACGAGCUGCAAAGGCUCAGGCAAGCACAAGCUGCCGAUGCGGCUAACCUGAAGGAAUUGCAGGCACAAGUCCAGGCGCUGCUGAAGGAGCGACAGUGUGCUCCCAGGAAACAGCACAGCAUCCUCCUGCAGUUACUGGAAGCGGAAACGGGUCGCAAGUUACCGCAUGUCAAAAGCUGGCCCCAGCUGACCAAGUUGCUGCGACAGGAGCUGCGCGGUGCAAAAGCUGCAGCGGAGCUGCCCUUGCUUAAAGUGAAGCUAGCUAAAAUAGGAGGCAAAUACGAAGAAGCUCUGAGCAGAAUCAAGUUUCUAGAGCAAAGUCUGGCCGCAGAAAGGGCUCGUGUCGAAUCAGCAGAUUUGGGCAAGUCCUCAGCAGACUCCACGCCAUUGGAGCCGGCCCAUGAGGUGCCCAAUCUGAUUGAUGACUAUAAGAAGCUCAUUCAGCAAACUGCACAGGAGACGGGCCGCCCACGCAAUAGUUAUAUAUUAGAUCUAAUUGAAAGAAGUCAACAUAGUCAGCCAAAUUUGUGCCAACUGAGCAACGGCUUGGCCGCUUGCCGUGAGGAUAUGCUAAAUCUCAAUAAGCUGUUGGCCGGUCUGGAGUCAAGCAAGGUUCGGCCAGCGAGCAUGCCCUCCCUUAUGGAAGAGCUGCGCGCUGUUGCCGAGAAGGCCUGAGUCAUAAACCAUCAGCCAUAUCCAUUAAACUUAGUCACUUAGCAUAAUUAAUAGAUGUUAAAUUAGCUUCAAUUUUUUGUUGCAUUAUCUAAUGUACUUGUUUUGUGUUCUUGGAAUUUUUUCUUUUUUUUUUUUGUGUGUGUUAUUGUCUUUGCAAAAGCAACUAUUUAUUUUUGUUAAUCAUCUCAUUUCAAAUGUGCAAUUAUUUCAAACAAUUCAUUAAACAUUUAUUGAAUAGCCCACCUUAUUGCUAACAAGGCUAACUAGUCCCACAGCUUAAGUGUCUACAUAA